AUGGAGUCAAUACACAACGAUUCCGCUGAUAUAACGCAUGUGGAUAAUGUUGGUGACGACACUGCAAAGGUUGUCAGCGAGAACGAACCAAAUAUUGCCCCGAAUAUUGAUGCCGUCGAUUCUCUGAUUGCUAAGCAAAUGAUGGAAUUGUCCAUGAAAGACAGGGAGAAGGUGUACAUGGAUGUUCAUGGAGUAAGACAAGGUCCUACAGAGACCGAGGAAGCCAUCGAAAAAGGCCUAGAUUCUAUGCACAGGGAAAUUGAUAAAUUGAAGGAUAAGCGUGCUUACGAUCUUGCUUUGUCCAUGAACUCAGAAUAUGUGGAAAAUCGCUCCUUCCAGUUAGCAUUUCUCCGAGCAGAUUCCUUUGAUGCCAAAAAAGGAGCCCUUCGGAUUGUCCGCUUUUUUCAACUCAAGCUCGAUUUAUUUGGUGAGGACAAGCUAGUAUUGGACAUUGUUCAAGAUGACCUUGGUCGUGAAGCUAUGCAUGAAAUAUACUCUGGAAGAAAGCAAGGAUUAGAUGCCCAAGACCGUACGGGAAGGUGGAUAAAUUUUGCUAUAGUUGGAACUGAGAAUUCGCUGAGAGCACUUCUUCAGCGGGCGUAUUACAAUACAAUGGUUGCCAUUCGCAAACCAGAAGCACAGGAGAAUGGCUUUGUCUCUGUCAUUUACGGGGUUGGGAAUCAAUCUGAUGUAACAAAAGUCCCAAAUCCGUGGAAUUUGACCAGGAUGAUGCAAGCCAUGCCAGUUCGAAUUGAAGCAAUCCAUUUCUGUCACGAUAGCGUGAUUUAUCGUGUUCUAUUUGGAAUUGUCAAGACUGCUCUAAGUCCUUUUGUCAAGAUAAGAUCAAGAACACACUACGGAACACAUGAUGAAGUAAUCUCCAGUCUGGCAGGAUUUGGUAUUGCAUCGGGAACCAUCCCGGUCACAAAAGGUGGGGAAAUCUCAAACUUGCAAGCAUUCCGCGAACGUCUGAUGGAAAUGCGCGCUGAAGAACGGCACCAACAGCCGAGAAGGGAUAAAGUACAUGUUCCGUUCAAAGCUGACGUCCUUUUUGGCAAAGGAACCCCCUUUCAGACUCAUCCAGGCAAUAUACAGCUCCGAAGUCUAGUGACAGAAAGGUACAAGAUGUAUCAGAAAGCUGAGAAAAGAGGAAGAAAGAAGCAAAUUGCUCAGGAAAUUGUGCAGAUCAUACAUCAAAACGCAGGACUGUUUCUGCGACCUGAUGGUGACUCGUGGGUUUGUGUCGACAAUGACGGAGCGAUACAGAAAGUAAGCGCCUUAUUCCGAACAAUUCGUGUCAAAAGAGGGGACACGUGA